AUGGGGCCCCCUGGAUGGGCCCCAGGAGGGGCCACAGGGGUGGGCCCCCCAGGGGUGGGGUCCCCAGGGCAAGGGACCCCAGGAGGGGCCCCUAUAGGGGGGGCCCCAGGAGGGGUUCCAAUGGCUGGGGCCCCAGGAGGGGCCCCAGGAUGGGCUCAAGGAGGGGCCCCAAUUGGGGGGGCCCCUAGGGGGCCCCCAGGGGGGGCCCCCCAUCCUGCAAGUUUACCUUCAAGGCCUUCCCUUGAGGGCACUCCUACAGCAGCAAGUCUUCGAGCUAAAGCCUCGGGGGGGCCCCCCAGUGUGGGGGCCCCCCACGUAAGUGUUCCAGGGGCCCCUGCUGGGGGCCCCCCAUUGAAUGUAUCAAGGGGCCCCCCAACAGUGGGGCCCCCUGGGCAGCAGCUAAGGGGCCCUGGUGCAACAGGAAGAAGUGAUGAUUUAGUGGGCCCUAGUACCCUUAAUGCUCCUCCUAUGUCUGCUGCAGCUGCUGCUGCCACGCAGCAGCAGAAGAAACAACGUAUAAGAUCAGCAGCAGCAGCAGCAGCAGCAGCAGAGCCACAUCGGGCCAUGCAGCAGCUGCAGCAGCAGCAACAGCAGCAGCAGCAAUUAAGACAUCCACCGCAACAGCAACAGCUUAACUCGCAACAGCAGCAGAAUCCACCGCAGCAGCAGCGGACGCUGCAGCAGCAACAGCAGCAGCAGCAGCAGCAGAUGCAGCAGUACCAACCCCAGCUGAGAUCCCAGCCGCAGCAACAGCAGCAGCAGCAGCAGCAGCAGCAACAGCAACAGCAACAACAGCACCAGCAGCCCACACAGAAGUUGCGGCAGCAAUUGCCCCCUCCUCCUCCUCCUCCUCCUCCUCCUGCUCGCCCUGUAGCACCUCAGCAGCAACAGCAGCAGCAGCCGCAGCGGCAGCAGCUUCGCCAACAGCAGCAGCAGCAACCGCAGCAGCAGCAGCAACAGCAGCAGCAGCAGCAACAGCAGCAGAAUACAAUUGAUCUAUUGACGUGA